AUGACUUUGAGAGUUAUUGGUCUCGCUUUCGAAGUCUCUGACUUUCGAUAUGCUAAAGCUCACCCAGAAUCGGUCACGAAGCCCAGAAGAUUUCUGGAAUCAGAGCCCAGUUUCUUGGAUGUUUUAAACUAUUUUUAUCACUUUGCUGGAUUAUUCACAGGCCCCUACUAUACUUAUCAAAUGUUGCUAGACUCACAGGACCCAGUCUUAAUUACAAAAUGGUCACCUAUCCCGGAAAUUCGGGAAAGAGCAUUGCGCUUAUGUUGGAGUGUUCCUCUUUUUAUCAUUUUCAACAAAUUGUAUCCAUUGGAUGGCCUGCGUUCCGAUGCUGUUUGGGAGAUGACUUUCCCCUAUAGAUUAUUUUACGCUGCAGCAGUUUUUGUCGUAUUUCGUACUCGAGUUUAUAGCGCUUGGGCAGUAGCCGAAAGUAUGUGCGUUACCCUUGGACUUGGAAUCUACCCCACCGAAUCAAAACCACGUACAGUGAUUGGACCCAGUGAUUUGGAAAAGUACAAAGAAUUGAAGGGCCGCUCAGAUAUUUGUUAUAAUUCUGAAGCCAUUGUCAAUCUGGACAUACCUGAGGUAAGGCAGGGAUCGCUGUUUACUUCUCCUUGUUUUCUUUGAAU